CCUAUCGUUGCUGCCGUGCGGUCGGUACUCGUCCUCGUCCACGUCCAUAUCCACAUCCUCGUCGUCUUUGUCGUCUUCGUCCUGCUCGUCUUCGUCCUGGUUUUCGGACGUCGUGAGUGCGGUGGCAGCUGGCACUACUACUACCAAUACUACUACUCCUACUUCUGCCGUAGCUAUUAUAGCCCCAAAAACAACUGCAAAUGAAGCCCUUGUGCUGGCUUAGCCGCAAAAAAUGAAAGUGAUUUAUAUGGCCAAAUGAAAUAUGUUCGCCUAAGUGAACCGACCGGCCCGGAAUCGAGUCAAUUAAAAUUCAAUUAUGCGACCAAAGAUGAAGGAGAGGCCGCGUAAGCGUUUGAAAACCGUUCGACCGCUGAACUCCUGACUGAACCGGAAGUUUAAACUGCCAUUGAAGUGUGUUCCCCCAAGCAUAAUCCUAGCAAUCGAUCAUAUCACAAGCGGAUAACAGAGUACAUAUCGUGCAACAAAAACUGGGUUAAGUCCCAGACUUGCGAGACUUAUCAACGGCAAGGAUAUACGCCAGAUAUCAAAACUGCAAUUACUUUUACCCUUAUUCUGCUUGUUAUCGUCGUCGUUUCUUGUCUUCGCGUUGCGAUUGCCGGUUGUAAAAGUUCAUGAAGUAGUGGUGGCAAUCACGAAAAUAAACCCAAACACUGUCCAAAACCCCCACCAAAAACUCCACUCAGCGAGCUUGUUCGAAUGGAAAUCAAUCAAUUGCACAAUGCCAGAAUGCAGGCAGUGUGAAAAAGUGAAUUAAUUGCACAGCACGACGUCAAAGCUAAGAAACAUAACGAACAGCAAUUUAACCAUAAAGAAUAAAAAUUACAAAUAAAUGCCCCACAUGACACGACUGUCAUUUGUAAUUACAAAUGAGUAUGAAAAAAGUGGCAUACAUAAUUUACGAUUACAAUAAAUUUUAAAGCAAAACACACAUACCUAUAAAUACAGCAAAGUAUUUGCCAUUAAAUUAUCUGUGAUUUUUGUCAACAUAUUAAAUAUUUUGCGUGCUCGUGAUUAAGCCCCAUAUCCCGUAUCUGAAUCCGUAUCCCAUAAUUUAAAGUGAAUAGUUGUGAAUCGACCCAGUGCGUUCGGCUUGAAGGCAAUUCUAUUCGUCGCCGGUUGUUUGUUGUUGUUCAUUUCGUUUGGCGUUGAUUUCUCGUAGUGCUUUAAGUGUUGUAUAUCGAAUCGGUGUUGAAUCGGAAUCGUGUAAAUAUCGUACAAAAUGGCAAUGGUUAUAUCGACGCGUGCCAAGCUCGUGAUUACCGCGCUGAUUCUGUUCUUCCUGCUCGGCAUCGUCCUCGUAACGGGCUCCACAAAGGGAUGGUUCAAUCCCAACCGCUACAACGGCGAAAGGGUGGCAGCUAGGAUUCAGGCGACAGACAUCUUCGACGCUAGUGGAAUGCAGCCCCCGGGACAGACGCAGUAUACGCACGAGAGACCGUAUCGCGGCAUCAAGGGCGAGAAGGGAGAGCGGGGGCCCAAGGGCGACAGCAUUCGCGGUCCACCGGGACCGCCGGGUCCGCCCGGACCCAAAGGCGAAACGGCCCCCUAUCCGCCCUUUGUGGAGACGACGAGUGCGGGGGCUAAAUACACUGGCGAGUGUAUAUGUAAUGCGUCUGAUAUCCUAGAGGCCAUCAAGGACAAUGAGUCGUUGCGGGAAUCGUUGCGAGGAGCACCGGGCACGCCGGGCAAGGAUGGAAAGCCAGGUACCUCUGGACACACCGGAGCCACCGGAGUGCCUGGAGCCAGAGGCGCCCGGGGGUCCGAAGGUGCCCAGGGGCUGAAGGGCGAGCCAGGCGUCGACGGCCUGCCCGGAGUCAUGGGUCCGCCGGGACCACCGGGCCCGCCUGGUUUGCCCGAGAAUUACGAUGAAUCCCUAAUGGUCAACUCGAUGGGCGCAUUCCGGGGCACGACGCAGCCAGGAGCCAAAGGUGUGCCCGGCGAGAAAGGUGAUGCCGGCCAGAAAGGAGAGCGUGGCGAUCCGGGUCACAAAGGUGCACACGGGCCCAGCGGCGCAAAGGGUGAGCCCGGCGAACCGGGAACACCCGGACUGCCGGGAUUGCCCGGACAGGCCGGACAGCCCGGCGGACUUGAGGGCCUCGCCAGUGCCAAUGGGACCAAGGGCGAGAAGGGCGAGAAAGGCGAGAAGGGCAUGCGGGGUCGGCGCGGCGGAACGGGAGCCACUGGACCAAUUGGACCGCCCGGAAAACCCGGACCCAUGGGCGAUAUUGGACACUCGGGUCGUCCUGGCAUGACAGGACCAAAGGGUGAAAUGGGUCCCAAAGGACCAAAGGGCGAUUCCGGCGGACGCGAAGGGAUAAAGGGUGAUAAGGGAGACCGAGGUCAGGAUGGUCGCGAUGGCUUGCCAGGACCUCCAGGCAUACCCUCCACUGGUGGAGGCGAUGGUGACAGCGGCGGCGUGCAGUAUAUCCCAAUGCCAGGACCUCCAGGACCUCCGGGACCGCCAGGUCUGCCGGGUCUUUCCAUUUCUGGCCCCAAAGGAGAACCCGGCAUGGAUUCGCGAGGCUCCUUCUUCGGCGAUGCAUCCUACUACGGACGACCAGAGCCACCGCACCAGCCAGGACAUUCCCACAAGCAUGAGGACACCCUGGGGGUCGUCGAUGGCGAGGAACCAUACUUCUCGGCAUCCUCAUCGAACAUGAACAUGAAGAUUGUGCCCGGCGCAGUCACCUUCCAAAACCUCGAUGAAAUGACAAAAAAAUCGGCCCUGAAUCCGCCGGGCACAUUGGCCUACAUCACCGAGGAGGAGGCGCUGCUGGUUCGCGUGAACAAGGGAUGGCAGUACAUUGCGCUGGGAACUCUGGUGCCGAUUGCCACGCCCGCUCCGCCCACAACGGUGGCACCAUCGAUGCGAUUCGACCUGCAGUCGAAGAAUCUACUCAACAGUCCACCAUCCCUGCUCAAUACGCCAACGUUUACAACCGCGCCCGAAUACGAAACGUGGUAUCCGCGAAUGCUACGCGUGGCCGCACUGAAUGAGCCCUCCACUGGUGAUUUGCAGGGGAUUCGCGGGGCGGAUUUCGCCUGCUAUCGGCAAGGACGACGGGCAGGACUCCUGGGCACCUUCAAGUCAUUCCUCUCAUCCAGGGUACAGAAUCUGGACACCAUUGUGCGUCCGGCUGACCGGGAUCUGCCCGUGGUGAACACUCGUGGCGAUGUGCUCUUCAACUCGUGGAAUGGCAUCUUCAAUGGCCAAGGUGGCUUCUUCUCGCAGGCGCCGCGUAUCUACAGCUUCAGCGGCAAGAAUGUGAUGACGGAUUCUACAUGGCCCAUGAAGCUGGUCUGGCACGGCUCGCUGCCCAAUGGCGAGCGCUCCAUGGACACCUACUGCGACGCCUGGCACUCGGGUGACCACUUGAAGGCCGGCUAUGCCAGCAAUCUCGAUGGCCACAAGCUGCUCGAACAGAAGCGCCAGUCCUGCGACAGCAAGCUGAUCAUCCUGUGCGUGGAGGCACUGUCGCAGGAUCGCAAGCGCAAGAAGCGGGAAAUCGGCGACGGCAGCAGACACGGCGAAAGUGAAAGCAGGGAGUUCAAGACGGCCGAUGAGUAUGCAGCGCAUUUAGAAAAUUUACUGAUGUAAGCGGAACCGGAAGGAAGAAGAAGAGCGGCGUCACACCGAACCAUUCUCAUGCAUAAAACAAAACAAAUCACAGCACACACACACAUACACACAUGCGUGUAUACAUUGAAUGUCAACGUGAAUCAUGGCCAUGCAUAUAAUCAGCGAAUUCCAAACAAAAACCAAAAAGAGAAAUACUCAGACGGCAGAUGUAUGUUGCAUAUAAAUACAUACUUAUAUUACCAGUACGCAUACACACUACUCGUAGGUAAUAUGUCUAAUAUAUAGCUAAACGUAUAUGAUAAACACAAAUAGAUAUAUAUCGUGGAUAUAUAUUUGAGUUGUACUUUAUGUUUAGGACACGGCACGAGCAAGCAGCAAUUUUUGUACCAGCAGGAAACAUAUUUGUAGUUUGUAAACUGUAAUUUGUAACUUACCGAUAGCCGUAACCGAACUAAUAUCUAAUUUUUGUAAUUACCUAAGCUCAUCCACAACAAAAAAAAUAAGAAAAUAAACAAAGAAAAAAAAAAACAGCAGCGGAACACCCAGUCGCCUCCGCCUACGCAAUACUGGCCAAAUUAGUAUCCUACUUAGAUUUGUAUGGCAAUGCACCCGAGAAUCGAGAAUCGAGCAAUUCGAAAAGCGAGCAACUCUUCACAGGACCCUGUAUAUGCGUGUAUAAAUGUGUAUUUUUGUCAAAAGACUUCUAGGUGUGUGUACAUUAUAAGAAAGCCCCGCGUGGUUACUAUACGAAACCGUUUUUAACUAUCGCAUGCAGCCCUUUCUGCCCAGUCUAUAUACGAUAUAUAUAUGAACUUUAUAUAGGAUAUAUGUGUUUUACGACCGAUUUCUACUCCUAUCGUAGGCCAGAGAUUUUCUACAGCGUAGCUCGCGAUUCACCAUAAUACUCGUUAUCGAAUUCCGAAUUGCAUAUUCGGAUCGCAGUUUUUAUAUGCAUCAGAUGAGUAACGAUAAUGAAAUUAUAGCAUAAUCAACACACAUAAGUACAUACACAGCCGUCGAUGGUAAAUUCGUAAUUUAUUGUCAUUCGAUAACGAACACUUAACUAAAUUCUAAUUAUAGUUACCGAUAGUUAGUUACGUAAUAAUUUCUUUUUGCAUUUAACCAAUGCAUUUCCAACUACAACAUUUGUAAUGUAAUUAAACGUAAUUGUAAUGACAGUUAAGGUAUUAAUUUAAAACAAACCACAAAUGCAGAACACAAAGCGAAUGGCGCGGUAGCCAGUCGCACGGUGACAUUAUAUAGUACGAUUAAAGUAAUAUAAAUUUAGUGAAAUCAAAACUGAAGUGCAGAACCCUCUAGUCCUAAGCCUAAAAACACGAAGAGAAGAGAAGAGAAGAGCAGAGAGAGUGCAUAACAGAGAUACAUAAUAGCAUAAUAUUAUUGAAUAAUAUGAAACAAUAAAAAGUAAACUAUCAAAUGCAGCAAAA